UUUCACUUUCUUAUGGUCGUUACGUCUAAACAGUAGUAUACUGUAGUAUUAAGAUUUCAAAAAAUAAUAUGUCUAACAUGAAUAAGGGAAGCCUAGUUCACUAUCAAUUUUAAGAGGUUUUUUUGUGAGCAAUGUCGUUGAAACUGUCUCAGGAUCAUUUUGCUUUUUUUUUCUUUUUUUACUCUUGGAUUAAACUGCAUAGAUAUUCAGAAAUAAAUUUGGUUGAUGGCUACGUUAACAUUGAAAACAUUUACGACUGUUCAUUAUCAACUUGCAAAUGAGUGAAAACAACAACAAAAACUUUACAUCAACAAUCCCACUUAGUGACAGCCAAUUGGUCAUUUUCUUUUUUAAUUAAACAUAUCUUGUAAUCUGUGUCUGUUCAGUGAAUCCCCAAAAUGAAAAAAAUAUUAACUUUGCAGGCCCUCAGCUCUUUAAUCGAGCCUGUUCAUGGACAGCUUUGUGAAGUGCAAUCUACUGUCCUACCCCUUAGCAUUGGUUUGUCAGAACAUACAGGAGCUGGCCAGGCACUUUGGUGUAGAUAUGGAGCAGUGCCGCAGCCAUUGGCACCAGGUACGUGCCAGUCUAGAGGGGACUGAUCAGUCAGCCGACCAGACCAUGACCUGGAUUACUGGCAAUCUUUCUACCAGUCAUCCAGUUCUUUACAGAAUUGCUGCUGUGAGUCUCCUCCUCCCAACCUCUACUGCAGAUUUUGAGCGAGGAUUCAGCUGCCUGAAGAGAGUUAAGACUGAAAACAGGAAUUGUCUCUCUGUAAAAGUUCUGAACUAUCUUCUUGCCGUCUCCCUUUAAGGACCCCCAUUAGAAUCUUUCAACUUUGAGAAGGCAGUCAAGGCAUGGAAGGACAACAAACCUAGAAGACAGGCCCACUUUUAAUGAUGUUAAUGAAGAAAAAACAACUGAAAUAUACUCAUUUAAAUGGGACACACACAUACAUAUAAAUGUUGAUCACAUGUUGUGAACUUGUGUUUAUAUAUAAUUGUUUAUUUAUUUGAAUUGUUGGAAAUGGAAAAGUAAAUAAUAAAAAUUAAGAAAAUGUUUAUCAAGUGAAAAGCUUUCAUUAUUUGUUUUAAAACAGCCCACAGCAGUAUCUUGACACCUUAAAUGGCAAAAAUUUUCGACACGCGGUAUGGGGGUCAAGACCCCCUCCCGCACCCACCCCCGUCUUAUUAAAAAAAUGUAGCGCUUAAAAAAAAUCCUGGGGAAUUCC